GGAUCAGUAGCCUUUCGAACCGCGCGGCGCGAGCGCCUGCUCUUUCUCUCUCUCUCUUUUUGACUUUUCUACGCGACUGUAUUACUCGAUGAUUCGAACGGUGAUCUGAAGACGUGUGCGCGUGCGCGCGCAUGUGUGUGUAAUUAAACACCUCGCGGUGUACAGUGGAAUUUUUUUUGUUGUGCGACGAUGAUGCUUUGUUUCUGUGGUCAAGUGCGAGUUAUCGUGCGAUUUGUUCGCGAUGGAAUAACGGGUGUGAACGAAUUCUGUGAUUAGGAGGAGAUGAACACAAAAAAAAUCUGUUCGCGAUUCUUUGCUGACAUCGGGGAAGUACCGUUAUAGGCGACGUCCCACUUUUCAGCGUAGAGAGAGACGACUCGCGCAAUUAUAAUGCUAAUUGCCGGCUGCGAUUAACGACAAUUCAUGGCAAUUAAAAGUGAACGUCGAUGUCGAUGCUUUCUGCUUAUUUCUGAGAAGCUACGGCGUCGGUGUAAUUGAUUUAAUCAUCGUCACAUUGCGCAUAGCGAAUAUAACGACAUCAAUCGUUAUAUCACUUUUGCUGAAACUCGAAGCUGCUGCAAUCAGAAGCCUCUUGUGGAAGAAUCACUUUGUCAGAAGCAGCGAAACCGUAUACAUCCGCACGCAGCUGAAAUUUCAAGGCCGCGCCGAAAGUGCAGAGCUCCGCCACCGCGCGCGCGUAAUAGAGAGAGAGAGAGAGAGAGAGAGAGAGAGAGAGAGAGAGAGAUAAAGUCGCGACCGUUUUAGCGCGAAGCGUCACCCAACGAAAGUGUCGAUAAUCAUUUCCGAGGCUUUCGCUCACGGGACUCGUGGGAAAGAGUGUGGGAAUUUUUCCGGUUUUCAUCCUGUGUGCAGAAACCGGUGCGCCUAUAGCAGACGUGACGCCGUGCGCGCGUUAUGUACGGCUUUUUUCUGUGCCAAUACGUGAUCGAGGUUAGGAAUCUAAUGCUCGCGCCGAGCGAUGCAUUGGAUUAUUUUAUGUACGCUUUAAUAACAUACCGUUUGUACGCGCAUAAUCAGAUCGAUUCGAUUUCCAUAAACGCGCGUCGUUCGUACACACGAGAAAUUAUGUCACAGGCGCUAAUGAAUUGAUACUUGCGCAAAGUAUGAAAUCAUAGCGUGUGCGCACUCUAUCGCCAACUAAUUGCCAUCUCUCGCUUGCAUCACACAACGUUUAAUAAGCGAGUCUCGCUAUCUCUUGAAAGCAACGCAGUCGAGACGAGCCUUAUCUGCAUUUCCAUCGCGACGUGCAGUUUCUGAAACGCUGACGUCGCACUGUACCGUUCAGGUGGAUUGUCUUCGCCGAAAGUAACUCGAUCGUCUGGAAAAUAAAAAGGAACGGCAGCUAUUUUACUUUAUAAUUAAUUGCAGAGGUUGCUCUGAGAGCGAGAGAUAAAGUUGUCUCUUAACGACUGGUUUGCCAUCGGCUUACAUAAGAUAAUCGUAAACCUUAUUUCUAUCGAGUCUCGUGAGAUAAAAAAAGCGUUGUUAAAGAAUACCGACCUGCGCAUUGCCGCGAUAUUAAUAACCGAGAUACGAUCUUAACAAUGUUGAACCAUCGCAACUCCAGUCUCCAAUAGCAAGGGAACAUCAUGAGCAGACCUCAACUCUGAACUCGCCGUGUUCGCGUGCGCAGUACACGAAGAAAAAAGGCCCCCUCGCAGGCGCGUGGGCGGCUAAUAAUAGAAAAAGGAGACGGCAAUGCCAAAGUGCUGCGGCGUCGGCGGCGGCUGCCGCGAGGUCUGCAGCGGCGUUGAGACCUAUCAGCCGCUGCAGCAGUACCAACACCAACAGCAGCAGCAGCCGGUGCUCGUUUACGGCGGCGGAAGCCUCAGGCUCUCCAGGGAGGGCAGCCGCACGCCCCGCGAUCACGUGCGCAAGCUCAGCGUGCGCUACGAUGCUGUCAGGCCCGCUGGGAGGGAAAGCGAGCAGUUAACGCCGCACCGCCAUCUGUCGGGGAGCCUGCGCAGCUCCCUGCAGCUAACGCAGUUCAGCCAUCAUCACCAUCAGCAGCACAAUCCACCCCUGCACAGACAUGAACCAGCGGCCUCGUGCUGCCAGGCAGCAGCACCGUCAACCCCGACGAUCAACAACUGCCACCACUACACAGUGCCGCGCGGCUGCGCCCUUCAUCCACCGCGGCUCGAGCAGCCGGUGACCAGUUCGACCUCCGGAAUGGACAGCAAGAAGGUUGUCCAGGCAACGGCAUCGGUGACGGGUGCGCCGCCGCUGUCCCAGCCGCAACCCCAGGCUCAGCCACAGCCGUUGCAGCAGCAGCAACAGCAACAACAUCAGCAACAUCAGCAACAGCAGCCACAGCAACAAACGCCUCGAGUCAAAGGCGUUCCGGAUGGCGUGUCUCCGUCGAUAUCCGGGGUACGACGUCGCAGUGGGCCUAAUCAGGGCCUCAGGUCGCCAGCUGCCAAGAGACCUGUCUCGGCGCCUGUGGCCCUUCAGGGAUGGCUGCACAAACAGGGCUCCGAGGGCCUCAUGCUCUGGAAGAAGCGUUGGUUCGUCCUCUCCGAAUACUGCCUUUUUUACUACAAGGGUCCCGAGGAGGAAAAGCUUCUGGGAUCGAUCCUGCUUCCGUCCUAUCGAGUCACGGUCUGUAGGCCCGAGGACAAGAUCAACAAGAAAUUCGCCUUCAAGGCCGAGCACGCCAACAUGAGGACGUACCACUUCGCCGCCGAUACACGCGAGAGCAUGAAUCAGUGGGUGAACGCCUUGACGCUCGCCUCCCUGCUGCAGGAUCCCAAUCCCGGCGGAGGCGAGAUAGUCCUGGCGGCCGAUGGCAACGUUGCCCAGCAGCAGCAACAGCUGAACGACGGUGACCGAAGCGCACGUCCGAGCGUCUCCUCGAUCUCGUCAAUCAUGAACCAGAGUGCGGACGACAGCGACUCCGGCUUCCAUGGCUUCCAGUCGCGCGACGAUCCCAGUCACGCGUCCAACAACAAUUCCAGUCCCAACAGCGUCAACACCGGCUCGUUCCCUGGUAGCAGCGGCACCAAUACCACUGCUAGCAACAACGCUAACAACAAUAACAAUCCGGUAAACGUAAACAACAACGUGAACGCCAAUAUGCACGACACGGCGCAGCAGAGUCAACCUGAUCCGCUGAUCAACGGCUGGAUGCAGCAGCAGUCGCCGCAGUACCGGGACCACGGGGUCAUCGGUCAGCAGAGUCCGGGUGUCCAGUACAAUCACCAGAUGAUCCCUGGUGUUAUCCAACAGCAGCCCAUGCAUCAGCAGCAGAUCAUCUACCAGCAGCACCCGCAUCUCGCUCAACAGCAGCAGAUGAUGCAGCAGCAGCAGAUGAUGCAUCAACAGCAGCAGCAGCAGCAGCAGCAGCAACAGCAUAAGCACAAUGUCUCGCCGCAGCAGCAGCAACAACAGCAACAGCAUCAGAACCCGGCCAACCUGCCGAGAAACUACGGUCAACCGGUGUACGCGAAUGCGCCGCCGAAGCCACGACGUCUCACCGACAACCCCAACGAUUACUCGACACCGUCCCCGGAUCCGGACUACCGCAAGUCUCCGGUAUCACCCGACGUGCGACUCAGCAGCAAGAGCCCCAUGUCCGCCGUCGAGUACAUCGACACGCGCAAUCCUAACGCCAUCUACGGCCAGAGGAUGACACCCCAGCAACAGCAGCAGAGUCUUCGGACGGACAAAUCGGGACUGAACUACGGAUUCAACCAGGCCGUGGCUCAGCCGUCGGAGAGGCGAACGCCUGAUACCUACGGUAGGAGCAACACCAAACCCACCGGAAGACAGCAGCAAGUAGUCAGGACGAUCAACGGAGGCGACUACGAGGACGUGUACGCAGCUGCUCCACCCCAGCUGUACCAGAGACCUGCGGGACCUGUGGGAUACACCAAGGGGCCGGCUCCGGCACCGAUACCCAUCCCGGUUUACACGCAGCAGCCUCAGCAGCAGCAACAGCAGCAGAUGCAUCCGCAGUACUACGUCGUCUCGGGGCCAGGCCUGACUAAUGCCUCCGUAAUGAGGCAACCUCCACCGCAGCAGCAGCAGCAGGUGCGAACGCAGCCUCCGCCACGACCCCACAGCGCGGAUUUUCUGGAGUACGAGGCGACGCGUCGCCCGAGCCAGCAAACGCCAACGCAACCGGCCGUCUCCGGUCAGCAAAGGUGUCCGCAGCGGCCCAAGUCGAGUCUCGAUAUCGUCAAUCCCUCGGACGUCGCCGUCGUCAACGACAAUUAUUUUUAUUCGGAGGAGAGAUACGCAGCUCAGAUGCGUCAGAGCGCCGUCUAUCUCCAUCAGGGGCCACAACAUCUUCCCCAACAGCAGCAGCCGCCGCCGCCGCAACAACAGCAACAGCAUCCUCAGCAGCAGCCGAGAAAUCAGUCGCUGUCGAGGGCAGCGACGCCUUCGAAAUCGACGGCGUCGCGGGACACCGAGUCCGGAAUUGGUACUCUCUCCGAAAUGUCCUGCCCAUCCGUCAGGCGCUCGCAGAGGGAACACUCGCACCAGCCUCACUCGCUUCAGAGGCAUAACGAUCUGACCAGUGGAGAAGCGUCGCACCACCUGCGCCGUUCGUUACGCGAGUCUCGUGGCCCGUCGCUGAUUCACUCGGAUCAUCACUCGCCGGGCCGUUCGCUGCCACGGGACUACGAGGCCGCUGCUCGAUUGCAGCCCGGAGUGGUGGGGUCGACUCGCAGCAGCAGCGGCGGCCGAUGCUGGCCGGAUCAGUCGCAGCAGCAACAGUUCGCCAGAUCGGCGAGUGCCCGUCUGCCGCGUAGCAGACACCCGGCUGCUAUAAUCGAUUACGACGACGACGACGAGGACGACGACGACGACUACGCCGAGAAGUCGUCGGGUCAGGACUCGAGGGAUGGUGAACGCAAGAUUCAGCAGCGCGAAGAAUCAAUGAAGCGCCUCCUCGAGUGGAAGCAGCGCAUGCUGCAGUCGCCUCUGACCCGCAAGCCAACGGCCUCAUCGUCGAAUCAGCGCAAUCAUCAGCAGCACAAUGCCGAUCUGGCCAACUGCUACAAGCAGCAAGCUCUCUUGGAACUGGCAGCUCACGAGGCCUCUCUGGCCGGGCAGGCCCACCGACACUCGAGUCGUCGACGAGACGACGCUCACCACAGAUCCCAUCACCCGCGUAGCAAGAGCACCGAUGCCCGCAGGAGCAAUGCCGUCGCAGGUGGCUCGUUGCACCACAACGCUCUGCCGAGGUACAACAGCUACAGCAGCGACGACGAAGAGCUGAGCGACGUCCGGCGGAAGCGCACGCGCAGGCCCCCGCACACAGGCAGAAGUCCGCGUGGCUUCGAGAAGGAGUCAGCACAGCAACAGCCACCGACCAGCAUCGUUCCACCGCCUGUCGCCGUGAAGCCGCAACCGCCACCACCACCGACUGCCGUCGUAAGAUCGUCACCCGCGCGUCCUGCAUCUUCGAUGAACCAUCAUAGCGACUUUGGAAACGCCGCGAGUCUGGACACCGGCUACGAGGAGAUGGCGUUCCCGAGACCAGCCUCUAAGAUGGAGUCCCCCAUGAGAGUCGUCGAUAAGGUCAAGAAGCCUCUGGGGAUUCUGAAGACACCUGGGGUCUACGCGACUAACCAUCCUAGUACGAGGAACGAGGCUGGGAGACUGAGUACCCUGGCGGGAUAUAUUCCGCCGGAGACCCAGCAGUGGCCGGUGCAGAAGAACGUGCAGUGGGAUUCGUCGCCGCACAAAAUUCGCGACGAAGAGGAGGAGGACGACGAAGAAAAGGAAGAGUGGGACUCAAAGAUCGACGAGAGCAAGGUCGUGAAGGAAUUCUCUUACCAGUACAUCAGGCAGGAGGAGGAGGUUCGGGAGGAGAGCGACGCGAGUACUGGUAAUCAGGACCAGGUGAACCUCGUGCAGAACAGAAUCAGGUCUUUCGAGUCCACUAAGGAUGGUAACGUCCAGACUACUCCGGAGAAAGACACAACGACGGCUGUGAUGCAAGAACCGCUGAAAGUGUCACCACCACAGGCCAGCAUCGAAGCUCAUGUUUCCAGACUACUCGAGUCACCAAGAAAGCCAACAGCUGUGGUGAUUCGUGAAUUCGCUCUCGGCGAGCAGCAGGAGGAGGCCGCGAGACAGCGACAGCAGCAACAGCAAGAACAACAAUCAACGGACCGAAACAAGUCGGUCAAGGAUCUGCUAGCUGACUUUGAGAGAAAAUCUCAGCAGGUGAAGCAGCAGGAGCAGACCGAUCGUCAGCAACGAGACCUCCCAAAGCAACGGGCUGUCUUCAGCGAUACCGAGACUCUGCUGUACGAGACCGGCAGCGACCUCGAUCAGCCGGAUGACGAGGAUACCGACCAAAUCGUCCCCAAAUACAAUGCUCAAUCCGAAGAGAAUACUGAUUCUGAAAAGCAAAAAGAUGAUACUGUAAAUCCAGCCUACGCCAGGCUCAGCGUCGCGGAGUCUCUGGUGACCCACGGUGAUCGGCUCUCAGAAGAGAGUGACAACACCAGUCCCACGCCGAAACAGCAGCAGCAGCAGGAUGAUUCUAAUAUGGAAGAACACUACCUGCCCAUGACUCCCAGAAAAGCGAUCUUGGAUCCCAACAGCGACGAGAGACCUAUGCCGAAGAUGAUGGAGAGCCUGUUUGCCGGUCUAAGGGAGGAGAGCUCUUACGUUGAGAUGACGCAAAACGGCACGACGAGGUCUCUGCUGGCUCCCAACAGUAGAGGCAAGCAGGACUACAACGACUACUCGACUCUGGAUAAUCCGCACUACGAGUUCGUCUGCGUCGCGGACAACAAGAUGGAGCCGGUAUACAUGGAGCUGAACCAACUGGGCCACAAUGACGACGUGCUGAAGGGUUCUGUGAAAGACGCUGCGAAUACCGAGAUGCCAAACUCGAGAGGCGACUUACCCGACAUUCUGACCGCCCUCAAGUCCGACAGCUCCGACGCCGACGACGAGUCGUCCAAGGAUCUGGAUUCCAUCGACGCGCCGAGGCAUCCGAGGUUCAGUCUUUCGGAUACUUUCCGACCAGCAUCCUACUAUCUGGGAGCUAGCCAGACACUGAUCGCCGAGCUGCACGACUCAUCAGACAGCGAACUUGUGUCACCCCCUCCAAUACCUACGUCACCGCCGCCGCUCGACGAUCUCGAUUCACUCGAGAUGCAGGACUCGCUCGAGGUCAAGAAGGUUUCUCCUCAGGUCGCCAUGGCCAGGGAUUACGGCAGCCAGCGAAACUCGCCCAAUUCAUGGAACAAACCUGCAGCGCAAGUGGAAGUGAGGCGUUCGCCGUCGCGCUUCUUCGAGACCACCAUGAGUUCCACCUUCCGCGACAGCCGCAUGUCCUUGGAGAGUGCCUCAGGUAGCGACUCGGUCGAGUUGAGAAAUACCGAGGAGGAAGCCAGACACCGGCAGCUCAAGCGACGUCCCGUCAGUGACGACAUGUGCGAAGUCCUCGACAGCCUGGAUGAACUCGAGUCGCUUGGAAGUCGGUUCGACGGCACCAGCAUAGACCUCGAUCAGUAUCUGGAGGAACUUCAAGCUCGGGAUGCCUUUAACGUGGACCUCUAUGCUAAGGACCUGAGCUACAACAGUAUCUACGGCCUCAACGAGAACAUGCUGGUAGCUGACAAGUUGCAGAAAUCCAGCUAUCCGGAGAUAGGCAAAUCUGGGCCGACGAGUGAGUCCAAUAACAGCCUGGACCAGCCUUUUCGCUACAGCACGCGCAGCAAGACCAGUUCCGCGAGCAGUUUGCCCUCGAUGAGGGUAAGCGAAGUACUACCUACAACAAGCCACCAACACUCUCAGAGUUUCACCGGAGAUGCGCAUUACGAGAACGUCUCGAAGUUCUCGCCGUUGAGAGGAUCUCCAGCCGUCGUUGAGGCGAGUCGUGAAGAUCACGGCUACAGAAGGGAACAAAAGAGUGUACCGUCACCAUUGGCGAACGUGGUGGCGACGCAUAGCCGGGACUCGAGUUAUUCCUUCGUCUCGGGUACCGCCUCAGUAGCGAACUACUCAGCGCAGCGACCAGCUAGCGCACAGUCCUCCCUGGUAGUCCACUCGCCUGUGGCUAUGGUCCAGUCGACUAACACCUACAUCGAGCAGCGGACAACGCCACAGCAGCAGCAACAUCAGCAGUAUCACUCGAGGUCGGCGAGUCAAGAUUCAGCGCGAUACUCUCUAUCACCGAAUCACAGAUCCUCCUCGAGUCAGGAUUCGAGUCAGUAUCCGCCGUCGACGUCCACGGUUGUGCCCAGGUCCGCGUCUACGAUACCCCAUUCGCAACCCAGUGAUCAAGGCGGCGCGCCGUACUAUUACUCCGAUUUGCAGGCUGCCAACUCUGACGCACAGUAUCAGCACCAACAGCACCCGAGGCCCUGCACUAUUGCUCAUACUUCAAGGCUACCGCAGCUGAACAAUCAGCGAGGCGAUGCGACGGGUUUGAACAAGCGCAACGACAUCGGCAGAAUGGUCAACCCAAUACCUAGACAGAUGCCGAGGCAGAUCCAGGUGGACGAUAUCGACGAGGCCAGGAGAAUCGCGGCAGAGCUGAGGAAGACCACCUGUCAACUGCUGGCUGAAGACAAGGCCGGACUGGUCGAUCGCAGGAACUUCUACGAGGCGGAUACCUUGAGGAGAGUCAAGUCCACGGAUCCACUUCCAGAUGUGGCGCCCACGGAUCUCAAUGCCAGGAACCUGUACCCACAUGGGCUGAGGGACAAGUCUGGCAGUCAGACGCAGCUCAACUCCGAUGGCAACGAGUUUCCCACCACCACGCAAACGUCGCAUCGGAGGUCCAGGUCCCUCGAAGGUCUGCUCGACGACGCGGGUCUGCAGAGUCUCGUAGAGCAGAGAAACCGGGCGAACAGCAGUCGGCAGCAGCAGGCCGUGAACACAGCUCGACCCCAACAGGAGCUAGUUCAGCACGUCAACAAUCAAAACCCCGAACCGGAGCCGAGUCGAACCAGUGCCAACAACUCUACGGCCAACAGCACAUUCGAAGGUGAGGAUCCCUGGGAACAGGACAGUCUCUGGCGAGAAAGCCUUCGUAGAGUGAGCCUUCGUCACGCCAGAUCACUCGAUAAUCUCGAUGCACCCUCGCCGACGCGGACAACACCCAGCACCAGCGAGGCGAACAAGGCGCGGGUAAAGAUAACGCGCGGCGUAACCUACGUCAACGACAGCGUGGCGAAUUCAGUCGAGCGACCCAGGUUCAAGCGACGCAGCGACGAGGAAGCCGCAUCUGGUAACAGCGCCCCAAACCAAAGCAACAGCAAUAAUCUCGAGGAGGAGGACGAUGCGUACGAGAGUCUGGCGAUGGACAGGAUCGGCGCGGGCGGCUACAUCUGGGACCCCGAAAACGAGGCCUACCGUAAACCGGACACUAGCGUUAGUAGUUCUCAGAGCAGUAGCGGCCGUCAGCAUUUUUUAGCGGAAGGCAACCCCGUCCCAGCUCAGCAGCAGCAGCAGCAGCAACAACAGCAGCAGCAGCAACAGUCAACAACAACGAGCAGCAGUUUCGAGCUCGAUCGCGAGAAGCUGCGCCAGUGGGACCUGUUGUCGAGCGCCUGCUUACUCCAGGAACAGCAGCGCACCUCGAUGGCACCGGCGGAUGGCUCGGCGCCGGGACGAGGGUUGCCAGCCGCAACAGCAUCGUCAGCAGCAGCUACAGGCUGCGGGAGCGCCGUCGACGCUUCGUCGAGGCAACUCGAGUCGACGGCGACGAAAGCAGCAACACAGGUCGUGGAUGGAGAUACGAUAAAGCCGGAGGAGGUGAAGAAGCUCGUGGCUGCGGGACGUAGCAACGGCGCAGGUGAGUGGCUCUACCGGACUGGUGCUGGGCUCGCGUACCGAAAGUGAGAAAGAUAGAGCCGAGAUUGACCCUAGCGUCGUUGUUGUCGUCUUUCCGAAACGCUUACGCUCCACUUGGGAAUCGAUCAAUUGAACGAAGAAGAAGGCACGAGACGCAAGAACUUGACACGAGAGAGACACACACGAACCACUACUAUACUACUACUACCAAAGUACCUGCGUGCGACCUAUUGUAAAGCUUUCGUUUUGGUCGAUUUUGUUGUAAACACGGACUAGUCGUGUUCUUUUCUGUUGUAUGUAUCUCGAUAGUCUAUGCAAAUAAAGAGACAGUACUGGAAUUUCGUCGGAAGUUGCGAUCGUAAAGGAAAAGUCUCAAUUUUUUGUGUAUUGCGAACAAACAGCAGUUUGCGAGGUUUAUUAUACUUUUAACAGAGGUUGAAUUACCAUACAAAUAUGCGUAUGAAUAUUUUGUAGAUAAUUCGAUGAGAUAAAGCGAACCGUACAUUUGUUCUAGAAUAGAACGAAAUUAGGGGCUACUUGCAAUAAUUUUAUCUCGAUAUAGGAAAUAAGUACCGCUCAGUUAGUAAUUUCCAGGUAUUUUUCUUCCAUGUAAUUACAAAUAAUUAGCAGUGUAGCAGUAAGAUUGUAUCUACGGAUUAUGUAAAACGUCACAGUACUUAAGUGUAACGAUCAGCCUACGAGAGUUGACCUUAAAUUAUUAAUUCGCAAUUUCGACACAGUAAACUUCACGGAAAAAUUAGUACUGUCCAGUUAUAUCUCGUUGAGUUGUCGAUGUGUAACGCCUUUAUAUCCCGUGUACAAUUCUUCUUUUGUAUCAAUGUGCCUUUUACGAUUUGUUUAUCUCGCGCGUCUUGUCGUUACUGUGCUAACGAGAUUUUUUGUAAACGACUCUCUGUUUGUAUCUUUUUUAUUUUAUGGAUUCCAGGUUGUCCGGCUCGUUUUUCCAACUUGCAACGGGAUCAUUCCGCUUUCAGAAAGUUUUCCGUUCAAAAAUUAGCUAUUCACAGCCAUCCAAUUUUAUCUUUAGUUCAAUAAAUAAGCGAUCACUUUUUUGUUAGAGUUUGGCUUUGUUUUCUUCAACGUUUCUUGCUUGUCAAUUUCGUCCGUCAGAGCGUGACGAAAGAACUUUGCGAGUUGAAAAGACGAUGACAACGACCUGGGGUUUUAUUUUGGCGAGUGUAAAUGUGUGUAUGUGUGUGUGUGUAUUUGUGCGUUGAUGUCGAAUCGAAGAUGAAUUCUGUCUUCGUACUUGCCCAUUUUUUGAAAACUUAAAGUUACGUACAUGACGAUAGCUCUCGAGGCGCUGAUAAUCGUAUAUAUUUUUUGGAACUGUUGAAAAAGUUAAACAGAAUUGAAUUUUGUAAAUAUUACAAGUAAAUUUAAAUAUGUUGCGUAUGAUCGAUUUUUUAAAAUCAAAUAUUUUUACUAUUUUUGAAAAAAGGAAGCCUCAUUAUAAGAAUUUCCUGGUGCGCAAACUUGAUGUUCGUUAAAAGCUCGAUGAGUAAUCCCAUUAGUUACGGAUAAAUUAUUUCGAUCAUAAAGCCACGUGCUGUGUCGAGGCUCGAUAAUCACAAUUAAACGAAUAGAUUCUUCUAUCCUACUGCCUCUUGCGCGGCUAAUCAGAAUCUUAAGCGAUUAAUGUCGUUGCCGCCACCGCCCACAGCGGAAGCAAUAAAACUUUUUUUCCGGCUACGCGAUCGCGAUUAUUACGCUAGGAGCCGGAGUUUUAAAUUAGUUACGCGGCACGCGAGGGCUCUGCUAUGCCCUUUCUAACAAUAUGUGCGCAAGGGAACGCGGACGAGUCAGCUCAGCGGGCUUGAACCGAUAUCGUGCGAGGUCUGCGGCGCACGUCAGUCCAGGGCGACAGGUCGAAACCGCACGAAACGUGCAUUUCUGCGGUUGGCUUUUGGAAUUUCGCGGAAUCGUCUUCUUACGAUUCAUUGACAUUAAAUCGAAUUUCAGAGGAAAAGUUUAGAUUGUGCAUUAGAAUUAGUAGAUUUUUAUGAAUCUUUACAAGUCGUUGAAGCAUUUACUUUUGAGAUAAAAUAUUAUUUAAAAUUUUUAUUGUACUUAUAAGUAUGAACUGUUGAAAAGCGAGAUACUCUGAUUAAUAUUUGGGGUAGUUAAAAAAAUUAGUAUGUAGGGAUAACUGUAAAGUUUAUUAUGUUGAAGUUUGACAUGAGAAAUUGUUGGAACCAUAUUAUGGGAUCAGGCAAUUUAAAACAUAUGAAGAAAUAUAUUUAAUUAACUUUCGUAUCUUGUACAGUUACAUGUUCUCACCUUAUCUUUUAUCUCUUAAACGUUCAACACUGAAAACAAUAUAUCUGUAUAACAAUGAGAACAAUACCUUGUAUUCGAUAGAUGCUGGUACUGAAGCUGUAGGAUCUAAGGUUGUACAUAGAUGUCAGUAUUAAUUUGUUUAAUUAGAUUUAGAGAUUAUCCGGAUAAGCGUUUUUAUUUAGUCAAUCAAUUUCAGGCUAUGAUACUACGAUGCGGCGUAGAUGUCUGCCGAGAGGAUUAUUUCGAUUGCAAUAAAACGAUGUUUUGUCGAAAAUGUGUUAUAUAGUAUAAAUGCUAGAUUGUGCGAUUCGUCGUAAAGCGUUUCUUGCGUCAAGCCACUGCACUCUAGGACUGAACUGGAAACAUUGACACGAAUCGAGGUUGCGAUACCAUUUAAAGGCCAAUAAACCUGUUGUUGCAUUCGAAUUCCUUCUCUCGGAGAAUCGAUCAAACUAUAUAGCGCACCCGUUGAAAAGGCAUGCAAAAUUCGAAACUAGCACAUAGAUAACUCAACAAUGUAUACAAAAAAUUAUUAUGACACUGUAUUGUGUGACAAUACAUAAACGAAUUCUUUUACAUACAAA